AUGACUACUACGCCGCAAGAGGUGCCACUGCACUCCAUUGAACGCACUCCCGAGUAUGAGGAGUUUAUGACCAAGCUCAAAGAAUUUCACGAGAAGCGAGGCACCAUUCUUGACCCCGAACCCAAGGUUGGCCUGAUAUAUCUCGACCUGUACAAGGUAUUCAAUCACGUCGUCGCUAGUGGAGGCUACGAUAAAAUUUCCGAGGAAAAGUUGGCCUGGCGGCGUAUCGCGGCUGAGUUGGGCUUGCAUUCAAACAACGAAGCUUCCACGGCGUUUUCGCUAAAGGAAAAGUUUUACAAGAACCUGGCUGCUUACGAGAUCAAGACAGUCCACAACAAAGAGCCACCUCCAAAGGAGAUCUUGGAAGACGUCACGGCAAAGGGCGCCAGCUUACUGACGCGCACCCUUGAGAACUUCCGACCCAAGCGCGACAGCAACGUGAACGCUGGUGACUCCGCGGCAUCCGGUGACGACGGCACGCCAACGCGUGAGCGCUCUGCUCCCGAAGCCCCUUCCAGCUCCCGAGCUUCUCGUGGUCUUCGAGAGGCCCCUCCACAGCGCGUUAUCUUUCAGCCUGACACGGGACCCAGUCGUUCGACUCGACAGGCCGUCCAACAAAACGCUACUCAAAACGCUUCUCCAGCUCAAGGAAACGCACAGACAACACAUCAUCCGAACAUGCCUCCAAUGCCACCAGGUGGCCAUCAGGGCCGCGGGCCUUCUAUCAUGCAUCACCCAUCAAACUCUGAAAACACCUCCAACAUGGUGCUUUCGUACCAGCCAAAACAUAUGAAGCCUUUACAGCUUCGAGCUGUUGCCACUCCCAGUAGCGCUCCCAAUGAGUUUCAGCGGCAUCGGCUGCCUCACAGGCCGGUUCUCAUUGAUCCUACCAACCGUCAGCCAAUGCAACCAGGCACUGGCUUCGAUGGACCCAACAUCUAUACCCGUUGCCUUAAUGCUCUACGAUCUGGUGUUCCGAGUGAGCAGGCUUUUGCACUAAACCACCUCGUCAAGAUAUCUUUCGAACGUGGUGACAAAUAUCGCUUCGACGCUUUCCCCGGCCUUGCAGAGGGGCUAGUUGAAAAGGGUCUUGAAGUUGGCAGCCUGUUUUAUCACGUUUGCUGGACCGUAUCAUGGGAUCCAUACGCGGACCCCGGUGGCAUUGGCUCACUGGACGGCAACAAUGGGACCCCGGAUAUCCUCAACCGCAUUGCCAACUUGGUAGAGAAGGACUUGCCAGAUGCUCUUCAAACUGAAGCAUUUACAGACCAAAUGGUGUUGAUCACAGAAGCUGUUCUAACGCUCCGCAACAUGGUGACACUGCCUGAAAACGCGGUGAACAUGUCCGACUUCUACCCCAUCAAAGACCUGAUUUGUAUUAUCGUGCAUUUACCCCCUAAAGAUUCCCUAACCGAGCUGAAGCACAUGGCGUUGGACAUUGCUGAGCAGAUCACACCAUUCAUGGUUCUCGAGUCCGACGAUCCAUUGUACAAGACCUUGUUAGAACAGCUGGCAUCUGACGACCGCGGUACAAUUUUAACUUCCCUGCGGGCUUUGGCCCGCAUCUCGAUGAACCUUGAAGCCACGAACAAGCUUGGCGAUGUGCCCGCAGAGCCCCUCGAGCGCAUUACAAACUGGUUGCUCCUCAAUGACGAUGAGUUGAUGGAUGCCUGCCUGGAUCUACUUUACCAAUACACUGCUGUUGUCGCCAAUGUGGACAAUCUUAUCCGGUCAACGACUCCAGAGAACCUGGUCGAACAUCUGGUGCGGCUCUUGGCGCAUGGAGCCAGAAAAGUCCACCGCGAGUUUAUUCUCAUUCCCGAGCAAAAGCUCCCAGCUCGAGACGACAUUGCACCGAUGCCAGAAGAUUUGUUGCAGCAGAUGGUCAAGCUAGAGGAGCCCGAUCGAGUCCACAAGUGGGUGAAAUGCUUCUUCGAAGAGGAUAAUGACUCUUUCGUCACACAACUAGCCGCUUGGCAAGCCUACCAGUCCGCCUUUGUUGGUCCCCUGAAGGCUGUCGGCCAGCCCAUGAUUACUCCGGCAGACUUCAUUCGGAACAGCACUUCCGUGUACAAGGAUUCCAACGCGCAAGUCCUCCGGGAACCUGGCGAGCCACAGCAGAAGUUCAUCAUUCACGGGAUUCGCGCUAGGCCUCGCCCGUUGAACUUUGAAGAUAAAGAAUACGUGCGCUGCCUGUGGGCUACCAACUCGGAAAAGCGAAACGAAAAGUGCGGGCAGUUUUUCCUCAAGCCGGAGCAGAUGUGGAACCACAUCAUGACAAAACACCUCGACGAGCAAGCCAACGAGGAUGGGCAGUUUUGCAACAAGGAGAGGAAGUUUUUAUGUACCUGGGGGGAGUGUUGUAAAUAUGCUACACCGACGAAGCUGCACUUGCACGACUUUGCGCGCCAUGUCAACACUCACAUCAUGGCUGCCGCUCCUAUCGACACGAACUCUUCUCAGAGACCGUGGGUCGUGCCGGCAAAGACAAUGGCGGUUACAUACGAAGAGACGAUUACGGUUCGGGAUGAGAGAAACCCCAACUUGCCUCCUCAGGCUGCUGGCAUCCCCCUCAGCGCUGUUCUAGUACUACGUAAUAUUGCGCGAAACGUUGUCAAGACCGAAGCAGAGGAGGAAUUGCUCAAGACGCGACAGUCCAGCAGCUCGGAAAGAGGUGGGUGGAAUGAGAGGCUGUUCCGGGCUGUAUUGCCUCGUCUAUUUGAGGUUCUGGCCGAGAAUCGAGCUUUGAGUCCGUAUAUCGCGUCUCUUCUCGACUUGAUCCGUCCUCAAACGCAGCUUGAGGAUGAAGAUGAAUACUGA